AUCUAUAUUUUGUUUUAUCGAAUUCUGAAUUGGGUUCGAAUCUCUCUUUCCAAUAUCUGUUGGCAAAAAUGUUGUUCUUGACAUAGUUACUUCACUCUGUUCAUGUUUUGUUCACAGUUUACCUAAACCCCUACAAAGCUUAGUUUUUUCAUACAGAUUUCGGAAAUUACAGCAAUCAGCAAAAACAUGGCACCGAGAAAGAAGACACCAACCAUGAUUUGGGUUAGGAAAUCGCAACAACCAGAGAACAUGGCAACAACAGAGAAGAACAAAUCGCUACUAGACUGCUCUCCUCUCCUUGAAGAGUUACCGCAGAGUUCCAAUAGUGUUUCAAAAUCGCAGCUUCCUCUUGCAACGGAAGAGCAUACAUUGUCCAAGAAAGACUGGUCUCUUCUUCCUGAAGAGAUUCUGCACAUUAUAUCUGAGAAGCUGGAGGACGGUUUCGAUGUUAUUCAUGCUCGGUCUGUUUGCCACCCGUGGCGAUUCGUUUUUCCGUUUCCUUCUUGCCUAUUACGCACUAGUUAUCAUCUUCCCUCGUUCGAAAAGUUUCCUCGCAAAGCUAGAGGUUUCUGCACUCUAGAGAAGUUCCCUAUGUUCCUCUUUCGAGUCCGAGCUCCCGCUGUUGCUGAUGAGUUGCCUUCUAAGUUUUUUGUGGGAGGAAUUAACCGAGAUAAGUUAGAGGAUCAUAUGCAACUUCCAUCUCCACUGCAAUGUUCGGUGAAAGUGAAGAUACAAGGAUCUGAUCCAUCCUUGAUGAACAUUCUCGAUUGUCAGAUUCUCCCUCUUGGCUAUCAGUGCAGAAUGAUUGGUUACGAUCCUAACUCAUUGGAAACCAGUUUUAGAGGCGUGGCUGUUCUACCGCUAAAUAAGGAGGAAGGAGGAAGAGAAUUCGUUGUGCUUAUUGGCUACUCUCAUUUAUUAUUGGUUCUAAGAAGUGCGGAAAUGAAGUGGAUGCGGGUUGAGAAAGCCUCUAGAGCUGACUGCAAGCAUAUAGUCACAUUUAGAGGCAAAUUUUAUGCAGUCUUUAUUAAUGGAGAUGUUUCUGUUAUUGAUCCUUAUUCGCUGGAAGCAACUCCCUUGAGGCCCUCGGACCGUUUGAGCUCACAAAACUAUCUAGUACCAUCUGGCAAUGACGAACUUUUCCUGGUUGAGAGAAUCAUUGUUCGUGGUAGUGUAAUAGAAUUUAGCAAGUUAGCAUGUAGAGUGAGUAGGCUAGAUGAGGAGACUGGUAAAUGGGUCGUGGUCACCGAUUUGGGAGACCGUGUAUUGUUAAUUGGACAAUUGGGAAAUAGCUCCUGCUCGGCUAAGGAACUUCCUGAUGGUUGUGGUGUGAGUGGGAACUCAAUGUUGUUCAUCAAUGAGAUAUUCAAUGAAACUUAUUCCUAUAAAUAUGGAGUAGAUACAGGAAACGCAGAAGACAACCUUAAUUUGUGGAGAUCUUCGAAAGAGACUAGUGUAACGAUCCUCAACACAUCUCCAAUGGUGGCUCUCCGGAUAGACCGCGAAAAGCUGUAAAAUAUUACUCUGGAUACCUGAGACAUCUGUUGAUUGUUGUUUUUAUUAGCUAAAAAUAUAUUUUCCUAAUGAUUUCUGUAAAGAUUUUGUGAUCUCUGAUGUUAUGGUGAUAUUCUAUUAUCAAUUUUUGUA